AUGGCGACAGACUUCGUCGGCAUGUCUCUUAUCGACCAUCCUACAUGGUGCUACACGGACCCCGCAGGCCUCCCCCCGGAGUUCCUCCCGUACACUGCCACCCAUUUCUGGCCCGACCAGCCUGACAAUCCCUCAUGGAAUCGCUGCGACGAGUUCGUCUGCGCUAUCUUCUCGUCCUGGGAUGAGCUCCCGCGGUCCAUUCUCCACCCGUGGACACCUGAGCAGGAAUUGCAGGCCCUCCUGCGCCUCGACGGCCUCGUCAACGCCUUCCAACUCUACCUGCCCGCCAACCCCAAUGCCUUCCGCGACUGGGUGCUCCGCUUCCAGAACGCCAUGGACACCCGCCAGACGGCGGCGCGCAAGCUCCUCGCAACGACGACGGCCGAGCGGCAGCGCGGCUGGGGCACAUGGCGUCGGCACCAGGCCUGGAUCGCGCGCUGGCAGUACAUCAUCAACCUCCGCAACCAGGUGAUCCGCAACUGCCUGCGCGUCAACCUCGGCAUCCGACGCGUCAACGACUUCUAG